AUGGCGCCAGUUCAGAAACAAACAAAACAUUGUGGCGGUGAGCUCACAACCAUUGAAACAACAAAGAUUGAUGAACACGAAGACGAAGUGGUCUUCGAGCUAUCUCCUCUGUGUUGCUCGACCACGGCCAACUCCAAAUGGGCCCUCGUCACCGUCGAUGGCCGUUUCAUCAAUGUAGAUCAUGAGAGUCGAUUAAGUGUCGCGUCUAAAGCAACACACACUGCCAAGCAGUUUGAAUUCGAAUUCGUCAAUGACUCGUUCGCCCUUCGCCACUCCAAUUCCCAACAGUACGUGUCGAUAGAUGCUUCCGGUCAACCAUUCUUGACCGCCAACAUCAACGACAUCGCUGGCAAGAUCGGCAUGGAGCUCGCCAACCGCACCUCACUCAUUCUCCAAGGCGAAUUCGGAUUCGUCAAGCGCGAAACAGGAGGAAGAAAAAAUAAAGUCAAAUGCAAUACGGCGGAUUACGACGAACUGAAUUUGACAUACGAACCGGAUACAAGUACAUAUCGGAUUACAGAUCAAGAUGGGAAUCCAUGGUGCAUGGACUCAUUGAAGGAACACGUCAUAGCUGCAUCCAUGGGUCAACCAACAUCUUUCAUCCUCGAGCUUCACACAAUACUUGGUAAAGCCAAGCUGGCCAUACGUCCUCUGCACCCAGACAAUGACUGUUUCCUAAAAGGCUACAAGAAUGGCGCCUUCACUGCAACAGGCGAUACGUUGUCAAAGGAAACCCUGUGGACAUUUAAUUAGAUCUUUAUGUCCGGUCUUGGGUGAUUCUGUUGUAAAGCAGUUUUUUCAACUGAACCGGAUACCCGCCACCGUUUUUUACCGAUUGUGUUAAAUAAAACAUGAAUAAAUCAUGAUCUGAUGAAAUAAAGUUAGCCAUAAAUACGUUCAAAGAGCCAGGCCUGACAACAAAGUUUCACAACUACAACGGGGAUAGAUUCGAGAACACAAUACUAUACUGAAAAUGUCCUUCAAGUGGCAAUUCAAAGAACAUCUGGGGUCUUUGUCGAAAAUUUGUGAACCGGAACAGCAGUUUCGUCCUAUUUAGUUUCGGAGCUGACGAAUGAU